GCAGUGCAAGUACAGAGCUCAAAUAACAUGACUUACAUUUGCUAUCACUAUAGGUAAUGAUUGAAGCCUUAAAGCAUGGAGUCAACCCUAUUGGCAAUUCUUCCACGUCUGCUCACAGUAACUGGGAUUUUAGCAGCUCUUUCUUUUUCGUGACCACCGUUGUGACGACAAUAGGCUAUGGAAACCUUUCCCCGAGCACAGCUGGAGGCCAGAUCGUCUGUGUGUUCUAUGCACUGUUUGGAAUCCCACUCAACUUGGUCGUUCUGGGGCUGGUUGGGAAACACCUAUCUUCCCACGUGGAAAACAUGCGGACAUGUCUAGCCAACAAAGGAUUCACAGAGAAAACAUUGAAGGUAUUAACGUUCUCACUCUCACUGUUGAUUGGUGUGCUGGUCUUCCUGCUCAUACCACCUCUGGUCUUCAGUGCAGUGGAGGGCUGGUCCUACAGGGAGAGUAUUUACUACUCCUUCAUCACUCUUAGCACCAUCGGGUUUGGAGAUUAUGUAAUAGGCACCAAUCCCCUGAAGAAGUACAAGAACUUUUACCGGGGGCUGGUGACGAUCUGGAUUCUCUUCGGGAUGGCCUGGCUGGCUUUCCUUUUCAACUUGUUGACCAUUCGUUUGGAAAACACCGAAAAGAAAAUCACGAAAAUGAAGAAGACGAGAAAAGCGGCAGCAAAGAAGGGUGGGGAGGGCGAGACGGACAACGAGUGCCUAGACUCCAUCUCGUUACACUCGGAGACUUCGCUGAACGCGAAAACGGAGCUGGAGAAAGGAGCCAUCAAAGUUUCCAAACCAGGAGAUGUGCCUCUAGAGGAUUUGAAGAUACUGGCAGCACAUCCUAAACUGGAGCAGAAGGAAACAAAGUCUGGCUCUGAAUCCGAAGUGGAGACUGUGGAGCAAGGCCAUCAGAAAUAAAAAUACACAGUAACUCCACUUCACAGUAUAUCCUGUGAAGCGCUUUGAGAUGUCGCAAUAGCGUAUUAAGGGACUGUAUCAAAUGCAAGGAUUAGCAUUAUUAUCUGUAAAAUGACAAAGCACCGUGUCACUCGCAAAGAAAUGGGGAAAAUGUCUGCCCUCCAUGAGAAGACAUCACCAAGACUCCAAGGCUUCUCAUAUCCACACGUCGUCCAACAACAAGCUUCAAGAAUUCACUCUGGAAAGGAAGAGCUACAUGUUUACAAUACUGACUUGCUAUAGCUCUUUGAAAAGGGCUCUCUCUGGAUUAGAUUAUAUCUCACAGGAUGUAUUUAAAACAUUUAGAAUACUUGUAUAACCCACAAUGUACAUAGAUGAACUCCCACCCCUUCCACCCCAUGACAAAUUUCUGAUCUUGGAUCCAUUUAAAGACAGGAUUUAUGCAUUAUACAGCAAUCACUCUCAUGGUCAGGAGAAAUAGAGGCGUUACAGCACUAGCACAUGACACACUGCCUCAUUUGACUUUCAGUGCUUCCAUUUUCAUGAUAAAUUUAUACUGUCUGAAGGUUGUCAGUUCAGCCCAACGUCGAGACUUCAAAUAAUCUUGGCUGAAAAUGCAGUGCCAGGGGGAGCACAGCAUUGUCAGAGGUGCCAUCCUUCAGAUAAUUAUGAGUAUUACCUCUGUACUGUUAUCCCGACUUCUUCUCCUGCCCAUCCCCUGUGCUCAGCUGCACAUUUCUCAAUUCUCCGCCCCACCUCCAUCCCAACAUCAGCGUCUGGGCCUUCAGCUACUAGUGCCCUACCUUCAAUCCUACCCUGCCACCCCACCUCCCAAAAUCCUGCCUCAUUCCAGUUUUUAAAAGCCUUCUAGAAACCUACCUCUUUAACCAGUCCAACAGCCAUGUACCUUCUCCAGUUUACCUCAAACUCCCCCCAUCCCCUGCUCGGUGUCCAACAUCAUCUCUGUAAAGCACUUUGAGAGUUACACUACCCUAAAUACAAGUUGUUGUUGGCUGCCAAUAAUCAAAGCCAUCGAACACAUGCUUGAACUGACUGGUAGAAAGACCACCAAAGUAUCCUUCACAUUAAACCACGCAUUAAGCUUUCACUAUCAAUAGUAAUCGAGGCGUGAGCCAUUGAUCCGUGGCUUUAUAAAUGGCAAAAUGUGCUAUUUCUCGAUGGAGGCACAUCUCAGAGCAACAUCCGGUCAAAUGAUGUGAAUGGAUGAUUGAAGGAGAUGGCUGCAAAGGAUAUCAGCAAAGGAAAAGCUUGGUGAAGGUGGAUGGCAUUAUUCAAUUCAAGAUUCAAACACACGCUGCAUUCAAGCUUUGUAUUAGGCGUCUGAAAUGAUGCCAGCCAGUGAAGGAACGUUUCAAGGGCACAACAAACAUCACAGAGAGCGAUGUUGUCAUUGGCGAUGCGCCAAACUCACUCACUCACACACACACACACAGACAGGCGUUACCUUAUUUUUACUUAGCUUUCCGUCAGAGAGUGACGGCAACACCAGAGGUGAGAUAAACAGCUUUUCAUUUUAAAUUAUAAAAUCCUUUUUGUUUUAAUCACUAAUUGUAUUUUGCAAAAAUACACUCAAAAUCUGGAAAGUCCACUAUGUCUGGAAUGCGCACUGCACUCUCUCUCC